GAAAUGACGUGCGACGGCCUUUUCUCCACUCAGCUACUGUUAGCUGGCUGCUAGACGGACUGUCGAGAAAUCGACAAAUCCCGUCAAAAACAAACAUAUCUGGAGUCCGUGCUUUUAUUUUGGCACUGGAGUGCGUUGGUCACCCGUCAUCAUGCCCAUGUACCAGGUAAAGCCCGUCAGUCCCGGUGACAUAAAGAUUGAUUUGCCAACGUGCAUGUACAAGUUACCGAAUAUCCACGCGCAGGGAAUGAACUGCAGCGAGCACGCGCUUCAGAACGGGGAGGUGGAUCCUGCUCUGAAGGCGCUGGAGGACCGACAGGAUGAAGUCCUGAGAAGACUGUAUGAGCUCAAGACGAUGGUUGACGGGCUCACGAAGACUGUGUCCACUCCUGAUGCAGACUUGGACGCCACCACACUCUCACAAGCUCCUGCUGAAUCGGUGUUAAGAGGAACGGCAGAUCUAGACUCCCUACUGGGCAAGGACCUGGGCGCGCUGAGGGACAUCGUGAUCAACGCCAACCCUGCCCGUCCUCCUCUAUCCCUGCUGGUGCUUCAUGGCCUGCUGUGCCAGCGGUACCAGGUGCUGUCCAGUGUGCAUUUGCACUCGUCUGUGAGCGCCGUGCCCCCUCCGCUCAUGUCCUGCCUGGGCCCGCGCCACAUAGACAGCUACGCCCGCCAUCGUUUUCAGCUUGGUUUCACUCUCAUAUGGAAAGAUGUGUCGAAGCUGCAGAUGAAGUUCAGCACACAGAACAUGUGCCCCAUCGAGGGGGAGGCCAACGUCGCACGCUUCCUCUUCCGUCUUUUGGGUGCCGAACCUCAGGACCCGGUCGCCGCCACGCAGAUGGACAGCUGGAUCGACACGGCAGUUUUCCAGCUGGCCGAGGGAGGCAACAAGGAGCGGGCGGCCGUGCUGAGGUCACUAAACGGGGCUCUGGGACGUUCGCCGUGGCUUCUGGGUCAGGAGUUCUCUCUCGCCGACGUCGUGUGCGCCUGUUGCGUCCUGCAGGCCGGUCAGACCGGCUCUGCACCGGCGAACGUAGAGCGCUGGCUCAAGUCCUGCCAGAACCUGGGCCACUUCGACUGCGUGUAUCCGUUACUGCAGUGACGAAAGCUGUGAGAUCAGUGCAGGUCGUACUCUAGCUAAAACCAGGAAACCGAUACACCACAGUUAAAUGUGUAAUGAAAAGGGAAAUGCAAUGUGGCAUCAUCAAUAACCAAAUGUAAACCUGUUCUGCCAACAAACACUGUUACAUCCCAGAAUCCGGUGUUACCUGAGCUCAGGUCUGUAGUAUGACACGUGAUGAUGUCAUUGAUGAAGUCAUGUUGGUGAUUUAACUGGAGUGGAUCUGGAACUGAUCCCAGGCCAGGUCAAACACUCAGAGAGAGGGCAUUACUGUAAACUCAACUCCCUCCCGCCUUGUGCCUAAUAAAAUGCUGUACUAGAA